AAAGGCUCUGCCAGGUUUUCAGCAUUUUUAGUUUGAGUUCCACACAAGGCACAGUUUUUGCUUGGCCAUCAGGGAAGGCACAGGGAAGGCACAGGGAAGGUACACAGACAGAGAGAGAUAGGAAAAUAGGGAUAAAAUAGCUUAAAUUGGUAGAUUACUUUGCCACAAGCUCAGGGCCCUUAAAGAUCUGGUAGCUGUCUUGACUUCCAUGAUGUCAACAACAAGAGGACGCGCAGAACGGCAGGGUGGUAACACCAGUCUGAAUAUGAACCACUAUGCCACUAAGAAGACAGUGGCAGGGAGCAUGUUAGACGUGGCCCUGCUGAUGGCCAACGCUGCCCAGCUGAAGGCCGUCCUGGAGCAGGGGCCAGACUUCAGGUACUACGUCACCGUCCUGGUCCUCAUCGGGUCGUCGCUGCUCUUCCAGGUCCUGGCUGGGGUGCUGUUUGUCGCCAUGGCACGUAAGGACCUGAACAACGUGGCCAACCAGAGGAAGCUGGACAUCAUGAACAACGUGGCCACCGGCCUCAUCUUCAUCACCGCCAUCAUCAACAUCUUCAUCACCGCAUUUGGAGUGCAGAAGACUGGCCUGUACCCCAAAACCUAGACUGAAGACUGGCCUGUACCCCACAACCUAGACAGAAGACUGACCUGUACCCCAAAACCUAGACAGUAGACUGGCCUGUACCCCAAAACCUAGACAGUAGAUUGACCUGUACCCCAACACCUAGACAGUAGACUGACCUGUACUCCAAAACCUAGACAGUAGACUGACCUGUACCCCAACACCUAGACAGUAGACUGACCUGUACCCCAAAACCUAGACAGUAGACUGACCUGUACCCCAAAACCUAGACAGUAGACUGACCUGUACCCCUAAACCUAGACAGUAGAUUGACCUGUACCCCAAAACCUAGACAGAAGACUGACCUGUACCCCAAAACCUAGACAGUAGACUGACCUGUACCCCUAAACCUAGACAGUAGAUUGACCUGUACCCCACAACCUAGACAGUAGACUGACCUGUACCCCACAACCUAGACAGUAGACUGACCUGUACCCCACAACCUAGACAGAAGACUGACCUGUACCCCAAAACCUAGACAGUAGACUGACCUGUACCCCUAAACCUAGACAGUAGAUUGACCUGUACCCCAAAACCUAGACAGAAGACUGACCUGUACCCCUAAACCUAGAGUGAUAUACUUCAGCGAUAUAUCUUUCAAAACGCGGCAAUACGGGUUUACUGUUGUUUUCUAUUGUAACUUUUUUUUAUCAGAAGAGAUUUGUAAAAGAAAGAUAUUAAUAAUUUAAAUGUCAAAAAGUAGAAUUGUCUUAUUCUAAUGUGUAUGGCUCAGAAAUCAAAUUAAAGACAAGUGUUUGGGCUACAGAUUAGUCUCUCUAGACAAACGGGUUGCCUCCCACAAUUUAACAAUGUUCAAGCAUGUCCUUGGUCUGGGAUUUCCAAGAAUAGCUCCAGACCAUAGGGUCUUCAGAUAAUAUAAGGGGAAACAGUGACUACUAGUGGUCUUUAUUUUACUAAUAAAGAAUGAUACUCACUGUAUCCAAAGUGUGUAUCUAAUGCAAUAAACUCCAUAAAACAA